UUUGGACAUUUCGACAAAUUCUAAUCAAUCGAUCAGAAUAAUGAAUGAACAAUGUACAUUGAAUUGUCGAACACGUUUCGGUUUUGCAUUUGGUCAUAUAUUCAAUGAUCUUUGUGCAUCAAUCUGGUUUUCAUAUGGUCUAUUAUUCUAUAAACUCUGUUUCGGUCGUAUUGGUUAUUUAUUCGUUGUAUUUGGACAGGUAGUCGAUGCAUUCGCUACCGUUAUACUUGGAUUUGUAUUAGAUUUACGCUGUAAAUAUGUUAACAUUCUAUUCGAUCGUGUUGGUGGCACAUAUACUGGUUAUUAUAUUAUCGGUACAAUAUUAUCAUUCAUUUCAUUUCCAUAUGAAAUAUCUGAAAUGAAAUUCAUUUUAUAUAAUAAUGAUAAUGAAAAUCAUCCUCUAUUGUUUAUAUUAACAUUUAUUGCCAUAUUUGUGGCCCAAGUUGGUUGGACUAUUGGACAAUUAACACAUCUUUCAAUGAUUAAUGAAUUAUCGGCCAAUUCAUCUGAUCGUAUUUGGCUCACUUCAUUACGACAAGCAGCAAGUAUAUAUAGUUCAUUGGUAGUUUAUAUUCUAUUCUGGUUUACAUUGGCUAAAACGGAUGAAUCUCAUCUUUCGAUCAAUGAUAUCAAUGUUUUUGCUAAUAAUGCAUUUCUGAUCACAAUAUUUGGCCUAAUACAUUGUUGUGUAUUCUUAUUUACAAUUCAUGAGAAUACAUUAGCAUCAAAUUCAUCAAAAAUUAAAAUGGAUAAGAAUUUAAAUUCUGAUGAACAAAAUGAUCGAUCCAAAUCGAAUCGUCCAAUGGAUCAUUAUGGCAAAUUGGAUUGGUUUAAAGAUUCAGUUUAUUUUAAAAUUGGCUUCAUUUAUAUGUGUUCAAGACUUUAUAUGAAUCUUUCGAUGGCCUAUACACCACUCUAUUUACAGCAGACACUAUUCCUGGAGAAAACAUCUAUAGCAUUUGUUCCAUUAUUGAUCUAUAUCAGUGGUAUGAUCAUGUCAUUUUUUUCGAAUUAUAUUGAAAAUCGUUUCGGAAACAAGAUUCAUAUGUGUCUAGGCAUUUUAUUGGCAUUGUUUUCAUCCAUUUGGAUCAUAUUUGGUUCAUGUCAAGAUAAAUCAUUUAUAAAUUGGCAAAUCUAUUUAAUUGCCAUACAGAUAGGUGUUUCGAUUACAAUCAUAAAAAUUUCAUCAAUCAGUCUUGUAGCCGAAAUGAUUGGCUUCAAUCAGAAAAGCACUUCAUUUGUAUAUGGAUCGGUUAGUUUUUUCGAAAAAGUUGCAGCAAGUUUUGUUAUUGCCAUUAUUGAACAAUUCAAUCCGGAUACAAUAAUUCAAAGUGAUUCUAUAAAUAAUAAUAAUAAUGAUGAUGAUCGAAUGCAAUCAUCAAUUCGAUUUGAUCAUCGAAAUAAUAUUUCCCAUAACAAUAACAAUAAUAAUGGCAUUAUUUGUUAUGAUCAACAAAAUGGUCGACCAGUAAUCAUUAAUUUUUAUUAUCAAUACAUUAUGUCCUAUGUCAAUAUGGCUGUUGUAACGUUUAUUCUAAUCGGGCUAAUAACCAUUUCACGUAUUGAUCUUCGUAAAUAAACAACAACAACAACAACAAAAAUGAGGCUGCAUCGACAACAAAAUCAAUCAAUCAAUCAAAUCGAUUUGGAAAAGAAAAUAAAAAUAAUAAAAAUGUGAAUCAAUUGACAUGUUUUCCAUCUCAUGACUAAUGUUGAUGUCCUGAAAUAAUUUGAAUUCAAAUUCAAUGGUGCGAAUAUAUUAUCAUUAUUGCAAAAAAAAAAAAAAAAAUUAAUCAACUUGACGGCGAUGAUUAAUUCAGAUAAACAACAACUUGAUGUGAUAGUGAUACAACACAUAUACACACACACAAACAAACACAUUGAUAUUUUUAAUCAACAUAUGUGACAAUCUCAAUGGGAAUAGAAAUAUAAAAAUAUCACAUCGAUGUUUUUUUGUUGCUAUGUUGAUAAAUCAUUCGAUUUCAUCCGGCACAUAUGGCUAAUCAUUAAAAAAAUGAAUUGAUAAAGUAAAAAUAAAAAACUUUUUUAUCCGAUUAAACUUUAUUGUCGAAUAUCACCAGAAAAGUUGCAUUUUCUCUCGAAUGUUCCCGAUUGUUGAUGUUGUUGUUGACCAAUCAAAAGUUUUCAUAUUUUGAUAAUAAAAAAAAAUGGGGGCAAAAAGCAUUUUUUAUCAAAUUUGUUUAUUAUAUUGAUUGAUUUUCAAUCGAAUUUUAAUAUAUAAAUGGGUGGUUAAAAUUCGAUGAAAUCAUUCUCAUCAUCAUAAUAAUCGAAUCAACGAUACUACGAAAAAAAAUCGAUACAUCCAUCUAUUCUCUACAUCAUUUCCGUUUCUUUGGACGAAUAUCAAACUAUUAAGCAAAAUUUACAAAAAUGCAAACAUUGGCCGCUGAAAAGAUGCGAAUGCAAUGCAAAGGUGGCAAUUGUGGUUGCGGUUGCUGCGCGAACGAAUGUAAUUGCGAUUGCUGUAAAAAUUGUAGCUGUAAUUGCUGUAAAGAUUGUAAUUGUGGCUGUAAUUGUCGAUCCGAACAAUGUAAUUGUCAAUGCUGCAAAAAAUGAUAAUCAAAAUCAUCAUUGCUGUUGCGUAAAAUUCGUACGAUUCAAUGUAGUUGAAUCCGACUGAAUGAUUCAAUUUGUUUAUUGUAGUAAAAAAAUGAAAUAGUAAUAAUAAAUGAAUAAAAUUCUUUUCAAAAAAACAAACAAACACACCCACACACAUUUGUUUUGUUUCAAAAAAAAUCAAUAAAUAUCAACUUCAUUUAGUUGAAUGUUGAGAAAUUUACGUCGAGCAAAACAUGUCCACCAUUUUGAUAGUUGUUGCCACCACUAUUGUUUUUCAUUCCUUGAAUAUGGCUGUACUGAUGGUCAAAUUUUAAAAUUUAUCAAAUCCUUGUCACUAUAAAUUUUGUCUUGGUUACAUUAAAAAAUCAUUAAUUAAUUCGAAUUUUUUUUUCAUACGAUGAUGACGUUACUUGCAUUGUAGAAACUUGACAUUUUUAUUGAAUCAUUUUUUUCCAAAUAAUACAAUUAAACAUCUUUUCAUUUAAAAACGUGAAAUUUUUUUUUUUAAUUUUCUCGGACAUCAUUAUUGUUGAAUUAUUCGCACAAUUCAGAUUCUUAUCGAUGUGGUAAUUAUUGGUUCUUUCUUUCUCUUUGAUCGAAUUAUAAAAAUCAAUCAUGACGCAUAUGCAAUACCAUCAUAUCAAUGUUUUUUUUUAUUGUUGUCAUGUUGUUGUCAAUAAUUUUUUUUUUCGAUUUCAUCCGACACAUACGGCUAUCAUGAUGGUUAGUAUCAAAAUAUGAUGAUACGAAUGUAAUAAAUAUAUCGUUCAAACACACACCAUAUACAACAAAUAACAACAAGUUUCAUGAAAAUGAAAACUUUCAUAGCAAUGUAUGUGAAAUUUUUACAUUUCCACAUACACAAACACAAAUAUAGAAUAAAUAUUAGUCUUGUGACAUGAAAAAAUUAUCAUGUCACAAGAGAAGACAUUCUCUUCGACUCGUCCAUUUUUUCCUAUGUGUUGUAUACAACGACAAAUUUUUAUGUAACGCCCAGUUUUUCAUGAUUGAAAUCAAAAAUCAUAUAAAAAGUUCGAGAAGCAAUACGUAAUAUCAUCAAAUUCACCAUCGAACCAUUUUGUACGACCAAUCAUUAUCGACUAAAUAAUUUGGCUGAAUUUGGAUUUCCAUCCUGACAAUCUCGACAAUCAACAACAACAACAAUAUGAAACAAUUGAACGAACAAAUUCGAUUACAAUGCAAAGAUUGUAAUUGUGGCUGUAAUUGUAGUGCUGAAAAAUGUAAAUGCAGUGGAUGUAAAGGAUGUAAAUAAAACAUCCUGUUUUUUUUUUUUUGAUUUUUGUAUUUGAUGAUCAAAAAAAUAA